AUGUCGUGGGAUCGUCUGGUUCGGUUCGUGCCGGUGGGUAAUGACAAUAAGGUCUUGAUCGGCGAGCCCGUUGAUGCUGCUAUCGAUGUCGGCGCCGCGGUCCGCAACGGACAGGCAGUUCAAGUCAGGGUGUACAGCGGCAACUCUGUGCUGGAUGAGGGCGAGCCGACGGGCGAGACAGUGACCAUCGGCCGGAUCCUCUCGCCGUUGACACAGAAUGAAGUUGGUACCAUUCGAUGCAUUGGGUUGAAUUACAAGAAACACGCGGAAGAAGCCAAAAUGGCCAUUCCGGAGAUUCCAACUCUCUUUUUGAAGCCAGCCACCUCUCUUGCCGACCCCUGGCCUGCGCCCACAAUUAUCCCUAAGCAUACGAUCGCGACAGACUCGGCCGACUACGAAGCCGAACUGGCCGUGGUAAUUGGCAAAGACGCAAAGAACGUGUCGGAGACCGAGGCCCUCGACUACGUGUUAGGCUAUACGGCCAGCAACGAUGUAUCGAGCCGCGCAGCGCAAUUUGCGCAGUCGCAAUGGUGUUACUCGAAAGGCUUUGACGGUGCUUGCCCAAUCGGCCCCGUGCUGGUGUCGAAAAAGCUGAUCCCAGACGUUGGCGCGCUGAAGUUACGUGGGCUGAAGAAUGGGAAGGUUGUGCAGGAAAGUCCGCUGACGGACUUGAUCUUUUCUGUUCCGCAGAUUGUUAGCUUUCUCUCCCAAGGUACAACUCUACCCAAAGGCACUGUCAUUGUCACUGGCACCCCUGCCGGCGUUGGGUUUGCCCGCAAACCUCAGGAGCUUCUGCAUGACGGCGACGAGUUUGUGGUCGAGAUCCUACCAUAUAUCGGAAGCCUGUACAAUGUCUUCAAGAAUGAGGAGUGA